AUGGAAAACACAGUCAACUUCAGCUCCACCCAAACUAGUGUUCCUAUCUUCAAAGGUGAGAACUUUAACCUUUGGAGUCUUAAAAUGAAGACUAUGUUUCGGUCAAAACGUCUUUGGAGUAUUGUUGAGAAUGGCUUUAGUGAAGAAGAAGAAGAAGAGGUUGUUGAAAGGAGAAGAGAUGCUGAUGCAAGUGCCCUGUAUCUCAUUCAACAAGGAGUCGAUGAGAAAAUCCUCAUUCGGAUCACAGAGGCCCAAACAGCCAAGCAAGCAUGGGAUAUUCUACAAACAGAGUAUCAAGGAUGCUCUAAAAUCCUCUCUGUAAAACUCUACUCCCUCAAGUCGGAGUUGGAAACAUUGAGAAUGAAGAAUGGUGAAAAGGUCCAAGAUUACAUAACUAGAGUCUUAGAUGUUGUUUAUCAACUGAGAGUUCUUGGUGAAUCAAUGGAAGAGACAGCUGUGGUUGGAAAAAUCCUAAGAAGUCUCAACCCAACUUUCAAGCAUGUUGUCUCCUCCAUUGUGGAAGCCAAAGAUCUUGGAAAGCUCACUGUUGAAGAGCUAAGUAGCUCACUCAAGGGACAUGAAACCAUACUCACCAUGUCCUCAGGAGAAGAGGACGCAACUCUUCAAGCUAUGAUCAGUGAGUUUGGUGAUACUAGCAUUCGAGGAGGCCAAAACAGAGGGCGUGGUUUCUUUCGCGGUCGCUUCCGUGGUCGAGGCAAGGGAAGGGCCUGCUGGUACAAUAAAGCUAACUUUGCCAAAGAAGAAGAAAAAGUUAAAGAAAGCGAAGAGAGUGAGGAUGCAGUGGUGUUUAUGGCUGCUCUAGUUGAUGAAGACACAAGAAAUGAUGAAGAAACUGAAGGAGAGUUGUUCAUGGCUACUCAAGACAGUAAAGGAACCAAUGUUGCUACAUGGUUUAUCGACAGCGGGUGUUCAAAUCACAUGACUAGAGCUUAG